AUAUACGUAUAAGUAUACAUACAUACAUAUUUACAAAGUCCAAACAUAUUGUUUCGUUUAGCAAAAUUGAAAAUCCUUUUAACAUCUUACAGUGAAGUAUAUUUUUCUAAGUAGCAUCUUCGAUUUACUACUACUAAACUACUUCAAGUGUUAUUACUAAAUCGAUUAUAUAAUAUUCUUCGAAAUGUUGAAAGUUUUAUUUUUCUCAUUUAUUUAAAUAGUCUAAAAGUCCUAAAAUUUAAAUAUAAAAUAUAUAUACAUAUGCCACGAUCGUAUAUACAAUCGUAAUAGAUAUAUAGGUAUAAUAUCAGAUAACUUCAGAAGUAUCAAUGCAUUUAAACAGAUAAUAAAUCUUUACUUUAAAAAAGCUUACAAAUCAUAUAGAUUUAAUCGACAACAAAUACUUGAAGCACUAUGGAAGUAAAUAAAAAUAAGAGAAUUAAAGCAAUAUCACAUGGUAGAAAUAGCUUUAAACAUCAACAUAGUUCUCUGAAAGUCAAUUUAAGUUGUGCAUCAAAUCUAACAGAUUCCGGUAAUGAUUCACUUGAACAAAUAGAUGUUCAUUCUGAUAUAGAUAAUACAGUUUCUUAUGAUACUCCAUUGAAAAAUGUAAGCAAACAUAAGCAUUCUAAGAUAAAAGGGUGUGAUAAAAGCAUAGAUUUAAUUGAAAUGGAUAAUAUAAAUACAAUGAAAACAUCCUUAAAUGUUAACACAUCUGUUGAUUGUAUAAAUGACAAUAACAUAUGUGGAAAUAAAUAUAGAUGGGAGAAUUGUGAAGAGGAAAAAUAUGAAAGUUCUGAAAAUAAACAAACAGAUAUGUUUGUAAUAAGUUUUGAAACUAUGCAGGAAAAUAUAAAUACUACUUCGUUACAAAUGUAUACAUCACUAGAUAUUUCAAAUAAAGUGCAAAAUGAUAAUAAUACAGUUGAUAAUUUUCCAAUGAAUGCAACGAGGAACAAUUUUGAUGAUGAACAUAGCAACAUUUACAAGGCACAGCGUCAAAAUGAUGCAAUACUACAAAAUAAUCAUGACAGCGAAUAUAAUGGCAUUGUAAGUAAUACAAUAACUGUGUCACAUAGUAACUCGAAAAUGUCUACAAUUAUCAAAGAAUCAACUGGUAAAUGUGACAUAGAAAUAGAUCAAAAUAUGAAAUAUUCAUUGUCUGAUAGAAAAUCUAAGAGAAAGUUAUUACCACUACAUGAACAUUCCCAAUUACUAUCAUUUUCUCCAGUACAGGAUAAGGAAUACUCACCACCUCCAUGCUUAAUAUUUAAAAAAAUACACAAAAAGAAGAAAAGUAAACCUAAUAAGACAGUUAAUAUCAAUAAUCUAGAAUGUAUUGUUAAAAAAAAUAAUAAAAAUCAUGAUGGGAAAGCACAAAAAAAAACAAAGAAAGUAAUCAGUAAAAAGAUUGUUAUUAGGAAAAUUGUUAAUGAAGAUAUUUUAAGGAGAUUAAAUAAAAAUCAAGAGAAUCUUAACAAAGUAAAAGCAGCAAAUGUUUAUACUCCAGAAAGAAAUUCAUCAGAUGAUUUUCAACUCUUGAAAAAUUCACCUAUUGUACAUUUUACAAAAAAAAAAAAAAUGUACAAAUUAAAUAUUGUUACAACUGGUUUAUCUAACGAAAAUAAGGAUAUAGUUAAAGAUGUUGUUAGAACUCUUGGUUUAGCAAAGAUUGAAUCAAAUGUUACAAAAAAUACAACACAUAUCGUAACUACAGGCAUACGUACAAUAAACUUAUUACAUGGUAUCAUACGAGGCUGUUGGUUAGUUACUUUUGAAUGGGUUUCAAAAUCUUUAGAAAAUAAAGCUUGGUUAAAUCCAGAAAAAUAUGAAAUAAUGCAUUGUUCAAAAGCAGCUUUGGAAAAUCGCAAAGACAGGCAACUAUUUGGAAGAUCGUAUGUUCCAGAAUUAUUUACUGCUUGUGGAUAUAUAUAUGUUCAAAAAAAUACAACACCAUCUUGUAAUGUAUUAAAAGAUCUCAUAAAAGCUGCUGGUGGUUGUAUUACAGAAUGUCCAGAAACAGCAAGAAUUCUGAUUGGUGUAGGUGGUUUAAAAGAAACUUGGAUCUUAGAUUGCAUCACAUCAGGUGAAUUACAGCCACACAAUCAAUACAAACGAUCAUAAAUAUUCAUUUAUAUGACAUUUUAAAAAUGAUAAUAAAAAUACAAAUCAUAUAUGAUGCUGCGCGCGGGCACGUGUAUGUGUGUGUAAUAUUAUGUACAAAUUGUCAUUAUUAAAGUAAUUAUUAAUAAAUUAUUUAUUUAUAUGCUAUAUACACUACAUAUCUACUACAUAUAUAAAUUAUUUA